CUACGUUUAUCGCUAGCCAAUAUCCGGAAUUUAUUCGACCAGCUUGAUUUAUUCUACCAUUACCGUGUCAAUAUGAUAUCCGGUGAUGUGUUCGUUCUGGCCAAAAAAGUCGUGAUGAUCCGCAAUAAAUAGAUGAAAUGCACAGUUUACCGGGAAGUGCUCGGUUUAAGAGUACCCCUGCAGGACGAGUUGAUUCCACACAGAAGCCCUCUAAUACCGGGGAGGAAAUAUCCGGGCGGAAAGAGGAAAUAGCCAAGAAGGAAAGUCAACAAAAACGUCUCUACUUUUACCAGAGCGAGCUUCAAAACAUGGCCCGAGAAUUACCGGGUAAAUAUCAGCAGCGACUCCCAUACGACCUUCUGUCCGGUCUGGCUAGCUCCCUGCUGGAUGGUACCGUGUUUGAAAUUGUCCGCAGUCUACAGGAAGUCCAGCAGUUAGAGGAGAGACAUCUCCACACACAGCGAGUCAAACUCGUCAAUGAUCACAAAGCACAGAGACAUGAGCUGCAAAAGAGACACAAAGAAUUACUACAGAGUUGUCAGAUGAAGCCUCACAAUUUACCCAUAGUGGAGGCUCAAAUUGAGAGAGAGAAAGAGACAAUGGAGAAGAGGUGUGAAGAAGAGGUGAAGAAGAAGGAUAUGAAGAUAAUUAUGGAGUUAGAUCAGAAGGUGAUGGAUCAGCAGGUCAUGUUAGAGAAGGCGGGAGUUCCGGGGUUCUAUGUCACCAACAAGAGCAUUGACGUCAGACUACAGAUGUAUCUCCUGGAGUUUAUCACCAGAAUGGGACACAUGCAGCCACCUUGAAGCUGAGCAUUAGGUGGUAGUUGUUUUGUUUAAAGUAAAGAAAUCUUUUUGUUGAUUUAGAAAAAACAAGAGAUUAAUGAAUUUAUUCAAGUUGUUCUCCCUAAGACUUAAGAAAAUGGACGUUUUUACAUGGGAAUAAAAAUGGACAAAAACAACUGUAAAACAUAUGAACAUGCAUGAUUUUACAUGUUAUAGCACACAGGCUUCUUGCUUAAACUAUUCUUCUGUAAAACAAACUUUCGUUAGGGUAAAUUGUCAUGGCCUGAGAACUAGCAUUUAAGAGUAAAUAAUGAUUUCAUGAGGAAUUGGUUUUUUCGUAACAAGAUUUCUAAGAAGUAAUUCAUGAGAAAAUUACAUUACAUUUCAUGAUAAACUUAAUUUCGCGAAUCUAUUCAUAUAUGUGCAUCGAAAACAAGACAAAUUAAUCCCUCAUGAAAAAUUAUGGAUUUCUUAGUAAAUUAAAAAAAAAAAAUAUCCGAAGUGAAAUAUAAUGUGUGAGCAACAUUUUGAGCAUUUGAAAACUUACUAGUAAUCAUCAAGAGACUAUAUGAUAUUGAAGAAAAAGUGAAUGUUUUUGUCCUUAAUAUUAAAAACACAUUGUAUGGUUGAUUGGUUUGAGAUACAUUUCUUCAUAAUAUUGUACACUGUCCAUAUUUUAAAUAUAUGUUACAUGAACAUAAUCUAAAAUGAAUUUAUAAUGUAAUAAAAUUUAAGAUUCUGUUGUUGUACUUCUUUCAUCACGCUGAGUGCAAAGAAAGUAAGAAAUUUUGCUUGAAAUGAAUGAAUUUUACCAAUUGAUUAAUACCCUUGAACCAAGCUCUUUUAAUUAGAUACAUGUUAAGUGUUACCUACAUGUAAUAUGCUUUAAUAAAAAUUGCAUUUAUCUCUAGAAGAUGAGGUGCACAAAACAUUGUAAUAAUUGUUGACACAAGCAUCAAACUAAUAAGUUUUUUAAUAUAUGUUGGUGUUAUUUCUACAGAAAUUCAUUUUAUAUAAAAAUUGUCAUCAAAAUUAAAUUAUUCAUUAAAAAUAAAGACUGAGAAAAUAGUACAGUAUGACUGUUUGAAUGCAAAAAGCAUCUUCAAUGGAGUCAUUGAAAUUUCUUUCUGGAAUAUAAAGCAUUUGAUUACAUACAUGCACUAUAAUAUUAUGCGAAAUC